CCACGUGCUGCUCGCAGCUCCGCUUUUUCGCUUCGUCUCUCCGCCGCCCGUCUCACUAACAGCAGCGAUGGCGGAUCCAGCAGAAGCAGCAGCGACGGCGGCAGUCCCGCCGCAGACCUCCCCGGCUCUCUCCCCGGCGCUCAGCCCGGGCUCGGAGCCUCCCUCCAUGGCUCUCUCGCCGUCCGCAGGCGGCGCCCAGCGGCUCCUGUUCUCACACGACUUGGUCUCGGGUCGACACCGCGGCUCUCUGCGCUUCGGCCUGGUGCGGAUGAUUCACGGGGAGGAGGACUUCGAGGAGUCCGACUCGGAUGUGGAGGAUGGCGGCGGGAGAGGAGGCGGUGGUGGCGGCGGAGGUGUUGGAGGCGGCGGUGGAGGUAGCGGUGCUGGAGGAGGUGGCGGCGGCGGCGGCGGCGGUGGAGGUGGUGGAGGAGGAGGAGGAGGCGGCGGCGGCGGCGGUGGAGGAGGCUGCAUCCCCGGGAAUUCAGACACUGAGAGCGGGGCGGCUGACUCUCGGACGUGGCCUCUCGGGAGAGGCUUUGUACGGGUGCAGUGGUACCCUGAAGGGACGAAGCAGGAUGUUCGAGAAACGAAGCUGAAACUUGAAGAUCGAUCCAUCGUGCCUAGAGACUUUGUGCGCAGAAUGAAUUCAAAUGACAAGCAGUGCGGAAUAGUGACCAACAUCAACACAGAGUGUGCUGUAAAGCUGGUGGGGACCAACUGUUGUCUUUAUCCUGUAAAUAGUCGCGACCUGCAACACAUCUGGUCUUUUAUGUACGGUGAUUACAUUGUGUAUGACUUCUGGUUGGGGAAGGUGUAUGACCUCAGCAAUCACAUCAUCCUGAAACUCUCCAAUGGAGCGAGAUGUUCGAUGAGUGAAGAAGACGGUGCCAAACUCUAUGAUGUUUACCCACAUGUCAGUGAUUCGGGUCUGUUCUUUGAUGAAGCGUACGGCUUCUACCCGGGACAGGUGCUAAUCGGUCCGGCUAAGGUUUUCUCCAAUGUUCAGUGGCUGUAUGGAGUAAAACCUGUUCUCAGCAAGAAGAGCAAGUUCAGAGUGGUCGUGGAAGAGGUCCAGGUUGUGGAGCUGAAGGUGACGUGGAUCACGAAGAGCUACUCUCCUCAAGGCUCGGACAGCGUCUUUCCUCCUCCAUCCACCAUCACGCAGGAAAACCUCUGCAAAGUGAAGCGACUAGGCUACUUUGACCACACGCAGAGGCAGCUGGGCGAGAGAGCUCUGUACGUGUUUCCUGCUAAAAGUGAUGCCACGCGUAUCACCUGUGAGGGGCCUGAGGGAGCACCUGUCCUACCUGAGGACCCGGUCAUCCGCAAGGUAAAAAGAAUGUUUAAAAAGCACCCUGGUAAGAAGACCACAGAGAGUGCAGACCCUCAGUCCAACAGUGUACAACCCACAGGGAAAACUGAGGAAGCAGAAAUUCCAGAGCCCCUGCAGGACUGUACUGAGGAAGACCCUGUGACGCAGUGUGCCAAUAACGGUCCAGUCCCAACCCCUGAGCCAGCAGAGGAUGGAGGGGAUCAGGUAGAUGUUCCGCAGGGCCAGUGGCCUCAGCUGGGCGAGCUGGAGUCAGAUGAGGAGCAGGUGGAGGACACGGACGACACCAGCUCCAUCACUUCCUCCGCCAGCUCCACAGCCUCGCUGCAGAGCGGCCCCAGCAGAAAGAAGAGCAUCCCCCUCUCCAUCCGAAACCUGAAGAGGAAACAUAAGAAGAAGAAGACCAAGUUCUCUCGGGAGUUCAAACCAGGAGACAGGGUGGCUGUGGAGGUGGUUUCCACUGUUACUUCUGCUGAUGUCAUGUGGAAGGACGGGCGACUGGAGACGGGAAUUCGUUCUAAUGACCUCAUCCCGAUCCAGCACCUGGACAACCACGAGUUCUGCCCUGGAGAUUAUGUAGUGGACAAACGGCCUCAAGCGCUGCAGGACCCUGGUGUGUAUGGUGUCAUUCAGUCAGGUGACCACAAGGCCAGGACGUGUGCAGUAAAGUGGAUCAAACUGAACUCUGCUGGAGACGACGUGGAGGUGAUUGGCGAAGAGGAAGACGUCAGUGUUUACGAUAUUGCAGAUCAUCCCGACUUCCACUUCCAUACUACGGACAUCGUAAUCCGGAUAGGCAACUCUGACUCCGAAGACUUCAAUAAUGAAAGGACCGUGGGCCAGGUGUGCAGAGUUGAUGUCAGCAGUAAGGUGGAGGUGGUUUGGGCCGAUAACUUUAAAUCCGUUGUCCUGCCUCAGCACCUGUAUAACGUCGAGUCGGAGAUUGAAGAGACGUACUACGACUCUGCGGAGGGCAGCACCAGCGGGGCUUCGUCAGAGGAGUGGGAAGAUGAAAGUGAUAGCUGGGAGACGGAUAACGGGCAAGUGGAGGAGGAGACUGGUGCGGGGGGAGAGGAAGCCCCCAAUGCUUCCACCCCCGGCACAGGGGCGCCAGCCGAGGGCAAAGUCUCCACGCCCAUCAGCACUGCGGCCAGCGGUGAGGCACUGGGGACGCCCACAGCUGACCUCAAUGCAGGUGGAGGCGGACCGCCUGCGUCCGAAGAGAAGCCCAAUAAAGAGACGUCGCGCCUGGCCUUCCGUGAACUGAAGGAGGCUCUGAAGAUACUGGAGAGUUUGAAGAACAUGACUGUGGAACAGCUGUGGACCGGCUCCCCAACCUCCCCCACUGCAGAGCCGUCCGCCGCCACGGCCGCGACAACGCCAGCCGAUGCCAAACCCACCAAGGAGAAGCGCUUUCUGGAUGACAUCAAGAAGCUACAGGAGAACCUGAAGAAGACACUGGACAACGUGGCCAUCGUGGAGGAGGACAAGAUGGAGGCUGCAGCGGAGGAGGAGAGGGCGUCGGCUCCCGCUGAACCACAGACGCCUGUUCGGUCUGAGUGGCCCAGCGACACCCCUGUCCUGUGCCAGCAGAGCGGCGGCAAACCGGGUGUCACCUUCACCAGUGCGAAGGGAGAGGUUUUCUCAGUGCUGGAGUGGGCACCAGACACCCACACGUUCAAGAAGAUGGAGUUUCAGCCGGCCGAAGCGAAGAAGUUUUUUAGCACGGUCAGGAAAGAGAUGGCUUUGCUGGCCACGUCACUGCCAGAUGGCAUCAUGGUCAAGACCUUCGAAGACCGAAUGGACCUAUUCUCCGCUUUGAUCAAGGGUCCCACACGCACUCCCUAUGAGGACGGACUCUUCCUCUUUGACAUCCAGCUUCCCAACAUCUACCCUGCUGUUCCCCCUCUCUUCCGCUACCUUUCCCAGUGCAGUGGGCGGCUCAACCCCAACCUCUAUGACAAUGGCAAAGUGUGCGUCAGUCUACUGGGCACCUGGAUUGGCAAGGGCACUGAGAGAUGGACCAGCAAGUCAAGUCUACUGCAGGUGCUCAUCUCCAUCCAAGGCCUAAUCCUGGUCAACGAGCCCUACUACAAUGAGGCAGGCUUUGACAGCGACCGCGGCCUGCAAGAGGGCUACGAGAACAGCCGCUGCUACAACGAGAUGGCCCUCAUAAAGAUGGUGCAGUCCAUGACGCAGCUGCUCCUGCAGCCCAUCGAGGUGUUCCAGCAGGAGAUCCGGGAGCACUUCGUCACCAGUGGCUGGAGGCUGGUGCACCGGCUGGAGGGCUGGCUGGAUCUGGAUGGCUCUGUGUCUGAGCGAGGCCCACGCUGCUCUGCAGGAGGCCUGCGGGAGGAACCGCUGGAGGAAAUCCCACAGGCUCUGGCCCACAGCAGCCCCAGCAAACAGGACCUGAGGAGCGAGGAAGAGCUGGAGGACUCGGGCCUCAGCCCCUCCACUGUGGGGCCCAGUGGGCCUCUUGGAGCAGGUGCGCAGCAGGACCUAAGCCAGAGCUCAGACUGUGAGGGAACUGUUGUGGCUGGAGGAGCUGGAUCGGAGCCUCCGGAAAGCUCGGAAGGGGCAUCCUCCGCGUUCGGAAUGACCCAGCAGGCCGGGAAAACUCUCCCGGAUUCCCAGCCGGCCGUCAGACCAAAGAAACGAAGGAAGAGCUACCGGAGCUUUCUCCCGGAAAGGAGCGGAUACCCAGAUAUUGGCUUCCCGCUCUUUCCUCUCUCCAAAGGCUUUGUAAAGAGUGUGCGGGGCGUCCUGCAGCAGUACCGCGCUGCACUGACCGCUGCCAGCAUUGCAGAGCGUCCCGAGGACAAGUAAUCCGCAGAUGUAAACCACCCUUUUCUCAUCUUUCUUGUCCUUUCCUUGCCUCAGCCUUUCAGGAGCUGCACUCUUAACCCCUUUAACCCUUCUGCCAGCAAGGCUACACCCACUCCGCUAGCCAAUCACUUCUCCUCUUUAUAGACAGACAGUGUUACCCCAGCAGCCUUUUUUGGAAAUGCUUUGUUCGUUUGCUUUUGUUUGUUCGUUGGUUUGUUUGUUUUUGUUUUGUGUUUUUUUUUUCAGCUGGCCAGUUGCUGGAUUCUUCAGUUUCCUGCUAGCAGUUGGAACUGUAAAACACUAGCUUCCGGUGGAUCGUAGCAUCGUUGCAUACACUCCCCCACCCCUCCAUCACUCUGGUCUCUCAGGGAGAUAUAGACGCCUGACGCGCUCAGAAAAUGAAGAUGAUGGCUUUCCUUUUUUUAUUGUUGUUUUCCUGGUUUUGAAGACUUCUAACGUGGAUUUUUGCGAAAAACGGGAGUCGGAGCCAGAUCUUUCGUGCCAUUGGAAUGCUUGCAGGUGUUGUCUCUGCUGCCCGAGACCUAAAUCUGACCAGCCAGCCAUCUGUCAACUGUCCAACUGCUGAGACACAGAGGGUUCACAAACUUUUGCACAAAGUUGCCGUUGUCGUCAUCCUUUGUUGCUGUUGACUGCGUCGGCUGCUGGGCAAUAUGAAAAAGUGGGAAAAAAAAAGAAAAAAAAAUGAUAUAAAAAGGUUUCGGAAUCCUUAUCACCAUCAUCAGUUACAACCCAAGACUGAUUUUUGUAGUCCUCUUAGUCACUGGAGAACUACACUUCCCAGCAUGACUUGUUUUCCAGAUACAGUGCUGCAUCAUAUUGCUUUACCAUUCCUCUCCUGUUUAAUCAGAACUACAAUCUUAUUAGAAAGAGAACUGCUUUCUGCUUUCUUUUAGAGUUGAUUGCUGGUUGCUGACUGCUUUGAUUUACUCUUUUGCCCCAACACACACACACACACACACACACACUCUUAUACAUGGAUUCAGAAUGUUUUAAAACUGCCCAAACAUGUGGCCAUGGGCCUAAUAACUCCAGUCUUUUCAGAGCUGGGUACCAAGUUUACAUGCAGAAACAAACAAGACACAUUAAACUCUCUUGAACUCGUAAAGCUCAAGGUGGUCCGCCGUGGAGACCACUCUGUACAGUGGCUCAUUUCUACCUGAUCAUACGCUUGCACACUUCGCUCACUUCUUAUCACUUCAUUUUUCACUUUUAUAAGGAAAAGGUUGUUUUUUUGUGUAUAUAUACACUCCAGGAGGAACUGGGGGGUGUUCUGGUGUUUUCUGUUACAGCAAGUCUGAGAAGCUUGGAUUUUCAAAUAAACAGUAAGGAAUGAAGCUUUGAGCUUCAUCAUCACAGUUUUAGAGCGUUGACACAAUGAUAUGUCUAUCAUGCUCUUUCUUUCACAACCUCUUUAUGACCCUCCCACUAUAGCUACUCUCUUAGUUGAGAAGGGUGAGAACUUCAGAGCUUUGAACUUCAGCAGCACAGUUCUGAAGCUUUGGCACAAUACUGCCCCCUAUCGCACUUCCACUGUUGUCCUUAAUGGUUUUCUUUCUACUGGCCUCUCACUCUUACUUUCUCUUUUGCGCUCUUGCUUUCACAUUCUUGCUCUUUUAAGUGCUCAUUCUUAGGUCACUCUCGUGAUGCCUCACGCUCUCACGCCCUUUUACAUUCCUGCUUUCACUCUUUUAUGGCCUUAAGCUCUCUCUCUCUUGAUCUCACUCUCACAAGAAAAAUCAAGCUCUCUUUCUUGGUCUCACUCUUAAAAGGUCUAAAAGGUCUUUUAUUUGGUCUUUAUUUUUCUUUAGUUCUCUUCUCUUUUGCUUAUCUGCUUUGCUUUUUUUCAUUCUGUUUUCCCCUUUGAUGCUUUAUUACUUGCUUUUCUUCUUUUCCUGUUUCUUUUUUUCUUGCUUUUACUCUUCACUCCUUUAAUCCCUCAAGCUCUUUCUCUAUAUUGGUCUCAGUCGCAAUCUCUCAAGAUCGAUCACUUUCAUUUUUUUACACUUCCUCUUCUUUUUUGGAUUCUAUGCUUUUCUUUUCAAUAUAUUUCCCAUUUAAUACUUUGUUUGUACUUACUUUUUUUGUUUUCCCAGUUAUUUAUUUCUUUAUUUUUUCUCACUUUCACUCAUUAUUUUAAACCUUCAAUCUCUCUUUUUAUUGGUCUCACUGUCUCAAGAUAUAUCACUCUUUUACUCUUGUGCAGCCUUUUUUGUUUCCUAUUUUCCAUUUGAAUACUUCUGUUUUUCCUGUUUUUUAUUUCAGUACACCUUAUAAGCUUAAGAUCACACUAUCCAGUGUAUCCACUUUUCUAUGACACUACACUGACCCACUUUGGGGCACUGACACUACAGGAUGUUCUAGUUUGUUCCUCCUGCUCCUCGUUCUUCUCGUUCUUAAGAGAAGAAGCUUUUCCCCUGUUUUUUUUUUUUUUUUUUUUUUCCUCCAGACUGAGGCACACAGUGUGCCGUACACCUCAUUACUUUCCGAAGCACAAUUCUGAACCUUUUCUCGCACUGUCAGAACAACUGUGAAGUACCGGAUUAUUUCAUUACCAUUAAUUAAUCUUACUACGUCUUAUUUUAACGAUUAUGUUCAGCACUUUAUUCUAAUUUAAUUUAAUGUAGUUUGUUUGUAGUUAGUUUAGUGACUUCUCUUAAGAGCGACCAGUUUUCUACUAAUGUAGCACAAACCUAAUGGAGGAGAGACUGAUCUUCUGAUGCUGGGACUUUGUGCACUUUAUUGUUCUGACCACCAGGGGGCAGUGGUGACAUACGCUUUCGCUGAUCCCGGUGUGUGUGCACAGACGAAGCUGAUACGACCAAUCGUUAUGCUUAUCCGCCAUCCUCCUCAAAUCCUGAUUCUUCUUUAUAGAAGAUCUGAUGACUACCUAUUGGCUUAGAACCUCUCAGAAGAUCAAAGGGAGGGGCCUGUGGUGCAGUUUGGCUCCUGAAUCACGUUUCUUUUUAAAAUAUGCUUUUUCUUUUUAAGCAUAUUUGUGUCUACGUAUUGUUUACAUUAGCUUGUUGGACUGCUGCUGGAUUGUUCUAGGAGGAAGUUAGAAUUAAACGUUCCUUGAGGAACUUCAGUUUUCAGUGGAGUUCUUUAGUUUGAAAGUGGAGAACCCUUUGAAGAUGCUUUAAGGAACCUUCCAAGAAAGCUUAACAUGCUUUCAGGAACAUUUGUCUUCUAAAAAUCUUUUGUGGUAAGUUCUUCAAAGCACCUUAAGAGGUUCUUUCUGUUUCAAACCGAAGAAACCCUAAAAGUUCUCCUAAAGGUGCUGUAAGGAACUUUUAGGGGGUUGUCAGUUUGAAACUGUGGAGAACCAACCCUUUAAGGUGCUUUAAGAAACAUUUUCUUUAAAAAAAAAAAACUAAAAACUUUUUUGUAGGUUCCUCAAAGCAUUUCACACAAAGUUCCUUCACUCUUUCAAAUUAAAGAACCCCUAAAGGUCCUCAAGGAAAUGACACUUUUAACAGUGUAGUAAUACCAUACAUUGUUAAGUGUAAUUUCCUUAAGGAACUGUGGCAGGAAUAUUUCUUCUAAAAACCGUUACAAACUGAAGAACCUUUAAAGGCUCUCCAAAGUCCAAAGUACGGCUUAACUCUAAGAACUCUUUCUAGCACCUUUUAUUAUUUCAAGACUUUAGUGACCAUUUCUAGAAGACUUAUAAAGUUGAUAAAGCCUAUUUUCCCAACCUUUUCUUGAAGGUUCCUCAGAGCACCUUAAGUGUUUCUUCCACAGUUUCAAGAACUGAAAAAACCCUAAAAGUUCUUAAAGGAACAUUUAUUUAUUUAAAAAGUAAAAUGCGUGUGGCUGGAUAGGGAUGCUGUGAACUUCUAUACUAUACACUACCUGUUUGCUUUUGGUGUGCUGUAGCAUAUCUGUGCCACUUUACUUUUUAUUUAAAAAAUAACUGGAAGUGAUCUUUAAGAAAUGCCACAGACGACCCAUUUUUUACCAAGUACCAUAAAGAGCCAUGCUUGUAAAGUUCUUUAGCAUUAUGCGUCUCUGCUGUAACCAUGGUUCUUUAUUGAAGAAAAAGUGUGUUUUCUUUGGCGCCUCUCAAAAAGCUCUGAGAUAAAGUGAGAAAGAACUGUGAAGAGAACGUGAAAAUGGAACUAAGCAAAGCACUUUUUUCCCUUUUAUUACAAUUUUUUCCUUCAUUACCUCUCCACCUUUCCACUCAUCCAUCAUCUCCAUCACAGGUGUAAAAAAGCAGUACAUACAUUCUUGAAAAAAAAAAAAACACUCCAGUGGUUUGUUUUUCAUCUUGGAUUCACAAUGGCAGUGAUUUGGGGAGCUUAACUCUAAGGUGUUUUUUUUCCAUAUCUAUAAAGACAACAGGAUGUGAGAUCAUUGUGAGAUUAUUGAGGUGUCUGUCGUUAUGCGCUGAGUUGAGGACGAGCUGGAGUGAAGAAAUGUAUAUUAUUACGGGAAAGAUUCUUAAAGCUUUCUGUGUGCGUUUUAAUGCAGCCACACAUCAUCUCAUUGCUGACUGUACCACACCAUAAAUACUCUUAACUGCGAAUUAAUGACCCGUGUGAUUCUGCUGUAUGAGCAAACAUGCUGUGUGUGAGCUGCUGAUUCCUUUCAGCUUCUUAAGGACCGCAAGUGCAGCUUUUAUCAUCAUAAAAUGGAGAUUAAAUGUGAAAAUAUUAGAUUUUUCUUUAUUUCCUAAGAUGUCCUCUUUAAUUGGGUUUCUAUGGCUUUGAAUAUUGAAACCUUUGGUGGUAUCAGUAUUGCAAAAAUCACCAAUACCAUGAUACCCUAUGCUUAAUUAUAUAUUGUGCUGCUUUAGAAAUCUACCCUUUGCUUAAAAAAAAAAGUAAAUCCAAAUUUUCCUGCAUUGUUUUGAACAAAUAACUUAUUUUUGUUGACUUGAACAAUUUUUUUUGCUAAUUAAACCCCUUAUAUGGUGCAUGUUUUGCGAAACACCACCAAUAUCGUAAUACCUAAUACCAAACAAUGUAUUGUGCGGCUCUACACUCUCAAAAAUGAAGGUGGGACAAAGAGUUUUUACUAUAAUGGUGUGAUACUAGACAUUGUUAAAAGUAUAAGUAUAAAUUUAGUGGCUUUAACUGUGGAGGGAUCCCUAAUGUUUCUUUGAGGAGCGUUUAUAAAAGCUUAAGGUGCUUCAAGAAACAUUUUCUUAAGAGUUUCUCUUAGCAGCUUAAGGGGUUCCUGCACAGUUUCAAAAAAAGAAAUGGCUUUUAACACCGUCAAUUUUGAUCCCCUAAAUAAUCUUUUUUUUUUUUUUUUUUGAGGUUCCUCAAACCAUGUCAUGGAGUUCCUUCACUCUUAAAGGUUCCUCAAGGAUUUUUUGCUUAAAUGUCCUUUGUCAGUUGAAAUUGUGGAGGAACCCUUAAAGCUGUUUGAAGGAAACCUUCAGGAAUCUUUCUUCUAAAAACUUCAAACUUAUAGGUUCCCAAAGGGACUUAUACAUUUAAGUGUACAUCUUUACUAAGAAAACUCUUUUUUUCACCUUUAUUAGUUUAAGACUUUACUGACCAUUUCUAUAUUACAUUAAUUAUGCUUAUGAAGUUCAUAAAGCCCCUUUUUGCCACCUUUCCAGGCUUUUUGGCUUUUAAACUCAUGUUUAGCCUCUGCUGAAGGAAAAUGCUGAACUGUGCUGUUGAUUUGACUCCAGAAGAAAGUUCUCUUCUAUCUUUUUUUGAAUUACUUCUUUGUUACGACUGUGACUGACCCUGCAUUAUACCACCUGCCUGCUUAUUGGCCCCUUGCAGGCUUUACAUGUGAAUAUAUCUGUCUUAUAUCUAUGUAUUAACUAAUUUAGUAGCUUGUGUCAUCAUACAUUGGGUUGAACAGGUUUUCUAGAGCUGCACAAAAUAGACAGAGUAUUCAUAUUUCAGUUGUAUUGCUACUUAUGGUAAAUGAUGACUUUUCACUGAAAUUUUGACCAAAAUAUUUAUGAAUUGUCCAAUAAAACCCAUUUUCACCAUCUUUGCAAACCUGUGUAGCUUUAACAGCUAGCUAAUUAGCAUUCCCUCUGAAAGAAAAAAAUGCUUAACUGUAGUGAUUACUUUGUGAUUUUUGUUUAUUUUUUUAUUAAUACUACUGUGACUGACCCUGCUGCUGACCCAAUGCCCCUCUUACCGCUCCUCUGGGCCCUCGUAGGGUUUUUGCGGCUCCUAAUCAAAUGUGAAGCUAGAUGUGAAAGAAGAAGCAGCGAUGGGACGUGAAGCACACAGCUCUGACCUUGUUGUUUUCUUUUUUCUUUUUUUUUGUUUGUUUUCUCGUGUACGUGUAUAAUAUUCAAUUCAGCGUUAAAUCAUAUUAAAGAGAGACAGCCAAAGCAUGUAAACAUGUUGCUUUAAGCCUUAAAUGGCUACUCACAAGACUUGACUGUACGAUGUAAACAUUUCCACAGUGGCCUGUUAUUGGUAAACGAAUAAAAAACAAAGUAUGAUUUGUAGCCUGAUUUCUCUGUACAGACGUCAUGACUAUUAUAAAUAUAUAGAUUAUAUAUUUAACAGAAACGUGAGUUCUAAAGUGGUAAUGUGAAUGCUUGGGGCAUAUAAAUUGCUGAGUGUGCGUGUUGUAUUAUUAUUAUCAUUAUUAUUAUUAUGAUUUUCAUUUUCUUUUGGUUCAUUUGUAAUUUUUUAACGAUUUAUUUUGGUUGCAUUAAAAAGACAAAUGUAUAAAAACUAAGCAUUAAACUCUUUGCGAGCAGAACCUGA